UUCUUCUUUUUCUAUGCCACAUCCUCUUGUUCUGUUGUCUCUGACCCUUAUUUCCUUUCCAACCACAGUUUAAAGCAGGGUGCGAGUCGGGCCUGCUGCACUGAUAGAUCUCAUUAAAGCCUCCAUUCAGAUUUUAGAGCAGCCGUCAGCUUUUUAUGUCACAGUUUUGACAUUUUGUGGCGUUUGACGUCUAAAAGGGAAUUUGGAUCGGCGGAGGCCUCCUGACUCUGCUGCGGUUGCUCUCCGUGAGCUGAAGAUUUCACCACCCGGCCACAGACGUUUCUGUGUCUCUGAGAGCAGCAGGGAUGGAGGCCAGUAUUUUUGAAUACCACAAACAGGAGGAUCCUGUGGACGUAGAGUCUUUUCAGGGAGAGAAAAGAAAAGUUAUCCAACCAGCUUCUCUUAAAGACCCUAAUCUGGAUAAACUGAAGGAGGCAUUGGUUGAUUGGAUCAACAGGACGCUGAAACCAGAGCACAUAGUGGUUCAGAGUGUGGAGGAGGACCUGUAUGAUGGACUGGUGCUUCAUCACCUGCUGUCCAGGUUUGCCAGCAUUCACUUAUCGCUGGAGGAAAUAGCUCUGACCAGCUCGGCUCAGAUCCGUAAGCUGGAAGUGAUCCUGGAGGAGUUAAACAAAAGGCUGGGACUGCAGGACAGCAGUCCCAUCAAAUGGAAUGUCAAACUCAUCCACAACAAAGACCUCCUGGCUACCAUUCAUCUGCUGGUUGCCAUGGUGAAAGCUUUCCAGCCUGAACUAAUUCUGCCACCGAACGUGAAGGUGGAAGUUGUUGCUGUGGAAGUCGGCAAAAAUGGAAUCAAAUCAGAAGUGCAGACUGAGAUUCUGACAGAAGACAGCAGCACAGCCUCGGACUCUUCCGUCAGCGCAGAAGGGGUGGAUCCCAUCGAACAGCUGCUGAAGCUGGAGGCUAACAAGGUCAACACAGUGAAGAAGGCCCUCCUACAUUUUGUCAACCAGAACCUGGCAACCCUGGGUCUGCAGGUGGCUGACAUGGACAAACAGUUGGCUGAUGGAGUUAUUCUUUUGCUGCUGAUUGGUCAGCUGGAGGGCUUCUUCAUCCCCCUCUUCAGCUUCCAUCUGACUCCGGUCAGCGACUCUGAGAUGAUUCAGAAUGUGGCCUUAGCCUUGGAGCUCCUGGAUGAUAUGGGCCUGCAGCUGUCCAAUAUUGACCCACAAGACAUCGUCUCUCAGGACACCACCGCUACCUUGAAGGUCCUUUACGCUUUGUUCAAGAAGCACAAAAGGCAAAUGAGAGAGGAUCCUGUCUGAAGAGAGGCUGUGACUGGAAAUGCAAACAAGCCAAUAUGAAGUUUUUAGCCUGUCAGCAAAAUAAGGUGGGGAUCUAUGUAAAUUCCAGUUGUAAAAACGAAAGUAGUUCCAGGUUCCCUUGUAAUAAUGAAUCAUGCCUUGUUAGAAAAUAAAAUCAUGCAAUCCUUUUUAAAUCAGUUUGUAAUGCACCAGAAAACUGUAAUCUUAGUAGCAUAGUUUGGUAGUGAAAACCUAACCAACUAAAAUCGUGAUGUCAUCAUUUACCAGCAUGCAAUUUCCUAGCAAGCCACGGCUUGAUUUAAAAUGUCCACUCAUUCACUAACUCACAAGUUUCACUUUUUUCACUACAUGUGACCCUAAACUCAACUUAUACUUGUUGCACUGCAUCUGUAGAGACAGGCCACACUGUGACCUGAGCCAAAAGUGCUAAUGUCUGCAGCUCAUCAUAAAGUCAUUUCAGAUCAGUUACAAUUAAUAACUCUAAGCAAUAAAGAUUCUCAUCUCUUUCUCUGUCUAAGCUGUAGGACAUGAGAUAAAAACUGUGAAAUGAGUUCAAAACAGUUGUUGCUAAGAUAAAAUUUUAAAGAUAGUAAAGAUCAAAAAGUAAAAUGCAAGUUGCAUUUCAAUCCUUGUCUCUUUUCUAACAGCUGUGUUAUAUAACUGUAUUCAAUAACCUGUUGUGGAUUAUAUUCAUUUAGAAUUGUUGAACACUGAAGGUUGCUAUACAAUUGCAGCUGCGAGUCCACCUAUGCGCCAGAGAAUACGUUACAUAAAGAAGUGUAAUGAUUCGUCACAAAUAUGUAUAAUCUAGUGUAGCGACAUGAAUGACCUCAUAUUUGUGACCCAAAGGUCACACUUUCCCAGCUGGGUCGAGACGUAACUUUUGUUCCACAGAUUACCCAUCACAGGAGACGACAGUCUGCUAAACACCAUCUUCUAUCUGUCUGCUGCUGCUGUUCUGUCCCAAGAUGAAGGACACUUCAAGAUUUUAAAAUAAUAAUUUAAUAAACUGUUUUACUGUUUAUUACAUUCAUAUAAUAAUCAUCAUAAAUAAUCAUCAUGGUUCAGUAUAAAUGUAUUUAAUUACUGAAAUGGCUCAUUAUUCAUUGGGUUAAUAAUAAUUAUUAUUUAUGAUAAUCAGUAAUGUGUGAUCAUUAACCAGAAGGUCAUUGGCAUGUGUACACCUUAUGCAGGACUGAAACCAGGGUAAAAGUUAACCUCCUCACAUGUCUUUACUCCAUAACAACGAGCUUUCUCACGCUGAGAGGGCGUGUUCUGAGGUUUUGUUAAAACCAAAUCUCUCGCAGCUGAAGUUCAGUUCUUGAACCCACCAGAGGACGAGGGACGGCCGCCCAAGCCUCUACUAUGCUGUUCUGUCAUGCCGAUAGAAUUGCUCCGAAUAAACGUACCUGUAACCAGCUGACACAAAAACUCGUUCAGAGUUAUUGAUUUUGAGACGCAAAUAGAUUCAUCAGUUGUUGUGACCCACGGAGACAUCUCAGGAUCGAUUUGAGCCGCACCGAGGUCUCUCUACCAACCUCGUGCCCGGAGGGAACCAUCUCCACCUGACAUCUCAGAUCCACGGAGGGUCUCCUGAACUGGGUGAGGUAGACAUUGUCCGACAGAUGGUGUCUGUAUGCUGUUCUCUCUAAGAACCCAUAAGUUAGCAGCAAAACAACGUUUCUCCACCCAGAACGCUUUCUCUCUCUGAAGGAAAUCUUCUGAGAUUCAUUCACGCAUCCAAACCUCACAUUUCAUUUUAGUUUUCCAUCCAGACACAGGUUUGCUUUUAAUAACAAGUUUAAUAUCAAGCUGUUACAAAUUGUCAUUUUCAAAUUGUCAUCUUUAAAAGUGUUAGUAAUGAAUUCUUAACUUUCUAAACCUGACUCUUCUUUGAAAUGAAACACAGAAUGGUUAUGUUUGGUUAUUGAAUAAGCAAAGAUUGCUUUAAGCUUCUGAUUCAAUAAAUAAACUUUUGCUAAAAUUUAAUUAUCUUAAAUUAAAAAUUAAUCUUUGGAUUAAAUAUAGACCAAGCCCGUUAGUGUAUGAACUUCUAUCGAUUAUAUUAAUAUCCUAGAUAUUUAUAUGUGAUAGAAGCUUCAUUUGCUAACUUACCUGAUCUUCAUCAGAAUCUAACAAAGCUGAUAGCAAACAGCGUUAAUUCUAGUACGUAGAUGUGCCCACGCUACGUAAUGUUCAGUGCUAUAAAGACUAAUGGUGGUAAUUUAGUUUUUUGUAAAAACCAGCUAAGUAAAGUCGUCCAUCACCUCAGAUUCAGCUGUUUUAUUCAGGUGGAUCCUGUCUGUGUUUAUUUAUGAGACACCAAACAGAAACCUUGGUGCGCAACUAUGAAUCAAGUAGUGUUUGAAAUGCAAAACAUGGAGUUGUGGACUCUUUAGUGAAUGAGAUGUAGUUAAGUGAAUUAAGGUGUGAAGAUUUCAAACACAGCCUAUGAUCUUAUUAGCAUAAUUAAUCACCAAAUCUCUAUAUUUGGACAUUUUUUAUUGUUACUUUACUAGCUUUACUAGGGUCUGAAUGGUAGCACAGUUGGUUUCACUGUUGCCUUGCAGAAUGUUGCCAGUUUGAGUUUUGCACAUAAAAGGUUAUGCGUGGAGCCAAAAAGUUAAAAACUAUAUCUUAUGGUUUAUGCGUGUAAGCACGUCGUGCUGGUCUCACAUUGAGGCACCAGGACCAAAAGCAUCUCAGUCCAAGGUUGUGUUUGUGGCAGCAGCUGCAGCAGCAAAUUGCUUUAGCACAAGUUUAUCAGAGAACUGAAAGUGAAAGGUGUUCUGUUAUGGCUCUGCACACCUGAAUGAGCCGCUGAUGGGAAAACAUGACUGUAGCAGCUGAUGCAAGUCACUACAUGCAAAUGCAACUGCAGUGAUGUGUGCACUCAGAUAAUGGCUAAGAUCUGAGAUUCCAUGUGACAAAUGAAAAACUAAGCCAAGUUUGCCAAUCAAACUAAUUAAAGCUGAACAGUAGUCCCAACAGCACUUUCUAAUUAUUCCUUACAGUUUUCCUGAUGAAACUUCUAAAUGUUUUAUUAUGGAGUGCUAAAUCCAAAUAAAGCACUUUAGCUCCUGUACAACCUGCCAGAACAUCUCUAUGGUUGUAUUUUUGUAUUUUGUUGUAUUUGAGUUGUUUUCACAACGGAACUCUCUAGAAAUUGUUAUAUGGCUCUAUUUUCACCUAUACGGAAGAAAGAAGGUGAAAUUAUAAAAUAAUUCCCGAUUUCUACCCAGCUUUGAGUGCUUUUAAAUUGCACAUCCAUGAGAAAGUAUAUCUUCAAAUACCAUAUUUCUUUGUUGUUUCUCUUGUCGCUGAAGCUCAGUAAAGUUUAUGUCUCUGGUAAAUUCAACUGGAAAUCUUCUGAAUACUAUAUCCUACUUUAUUUUCCAUUUAGUCUAAAAAUAAUAGAAAUCUUCACUUUCAUUGUUACUGUACAACUCCCCAUGUCUUUGUUGCCUCUCAAUAAAAACCAUGAAUAUCUG